AUGGAGACGGGAGGAGAAGAAGUUGUUGAUAUAGAGAUUAAUAAUCAAGACCAAGCUGAUUGCUUUGAAUUUGAGGUUUGUGACAUUACAACAUUUUUUCAAUGUUUUGAUGAAAGUGAUGUUGACACGGACACCGACACUGAUGAGAUUCCAGAAAUUUUUCUAGACCUUGACGUCUGGGAAAAACUUGGAAGGAAGCUAGAAGACUUUACUUUAGCAGAAAUGAAACAAUUGUCCUUUAGAAGCCACCGCACGUACAUUCAAUUCUACAGGAUGUAUGCUAAGGUUAAAGGGUUUGGAAUCCGUCGCAAGCAUACAACAACAAGCAAAAUUGACGGGCAUCCAACUUCCCAAAAGCUUUGGUGUAAUAGGGAAGGGUUUCGAGAAGCAAAGCAUUUGAAUAGACCUGAUAGGAAGCGUAAGGAAAAGGCAGUAACACGCUGCGGUUGCAAUGCAUCAAUCAGUUUCAAAUGGGAUCACAGAUUUGAUUCAUGGUACAUGAAAGAUUUUAUACCUGACCACAAUGGGCAUGACCUGAUUCCUAUGAAUCAGAUGUAUUUCGAAAGGAGCCAUAGAGAAGUCACCGAAGGUGAUAAGUUUCGUAUUAAAGCUUUGAUGAACUCUAGAGUGAAACCGUCCAUCACAAUGAGGAAUUUGGCACAAAGUGCUAGGGGAAUACGUGAAGUUGGAUUUCUAAAAAAAGACUUGUACAACACCUGUGAGAAGUUCAAAAGAGAAGAAAUAAAGGACGGAGAUACAAAAACUGUGUUAGCUUAUUUACUUGGGAAAAUAGCCUCAGACCCAUCUUUUUUUCUUAGAUACACACGAGAUGACCAUGAUGGGAUAGACAAAAUGUUUUGGUGUGAUGGAAUAUGCCAAGCAGAUUACAAGGCUUUCGGGAAGGUAAUAGCGUUUGACACUACUUACAAAGUCAAUGCAUACCAGAAACCAUUCGUUGUUGUCGUUGGAGUAAAUCAUCAUAGGAAGACCGUACCCUUAGGUGUUGCGUUAAUUGCAAACGAAACAACAGACACAUAUAUAUGGGUGCUAGAACAAUUGAAAGAGGCCGGUGGCAAUGUUGCUCCAUAUACUAUUAUCACAGAUGGGGACAAGGCCAUGGCUGCAGCUAUUACGGAGGUUUUCCCACGUGCACAUCAUAGGUUAUGUCUGUGGCAUCUUAUGCGCAACAUCAAGGGCCACACAAACAAACGGUUUUGCAGUGGUUUUAUGAAAUGUGUAGACGGUGCUCGUAUACCAGCUGAGUUUGAAGAGGCUUGGGAAGACUUAAUGAAAGCAUACGAAGCAGUGAGAGAUAAAAAGUGGGCACAAGAUCUGUACAAGGACAAGGAAAAAUGGGCGGAGGCUUUUAUGGUGGGACAAUUUUAUGCAGGACACAUUGUUACCAAGACUAAGGAAGAAAAAGGACAUCGUGAUGGGGCUUCAACCACUUUUUGGUUAAACAACUGUGUGAACAAAGAUUGCAAUUACGUUGUCUGUUACAACAAGAAACUACAACAAAUGGUUUGUUGUUGUAUGAAGUACAACUCCAUUGGGUUACCAUGUCGACAUAUGUUUGCUGUAAUGAAGUUCACUGGAAUGGUUGAGAUACCAUCUGGCUGUAUUCUUUGUAGGUGGACAAUCAGAGCCAAGGUUCAUGUGAAGAACACAUUCAAGGAUCAUGAUUUUCAGAAGAGAAACGACCAUGCAUCAGCAAAUGGACGGUAUGCAUUCCUAACUGGUUUAAGUGCACAACUUUGUAGAAUGAUUUCUUCAUCGUAUGAUCGAUCAACUUGGGUGAGAGACAAGUUAGCAAAAAUGCUCUUGGAAAUAGAAAAUGAGAAAAUAAAUCCCAAGGAUAAGGACAUCAUAAAAGAUCAAAAGGUUAAGAAAGGAAAAAGCAGGGGUAAACCCAAAAAAAGUGAAGUCAAAACUACUGGGAAUGAAAAUAUCGACACUGGGGUUCCUGUUAUUGGUCGUGAUGUUUAUGAUAUCACUCGCGUGGUUCGUAAUGUUGCAGCAACAUCUGAAACAAACCCGUCACCUGUCAAAAGUGGUGGUUUUGUAGAGCUAUUGAAAAAAUUCCUGCCAAGGACAUACAAUACUGGUGAUGCAGCUAACGCGACCGAUAGUUAUGAAGUCAGUGCAUUUGAGAAGUUUCCCACCAUAUUUGAUUGGGACCCAAAUACGGAUUUUCAGAUGCCAUAG